GGCGUGGCGCAAAACACACGGCAGACCAGAUUGACCUGAAAUUCAGAGGCUUAGCCAAGUCCACCGCAACUACGUUGUUAUGUAAAUCGUUAUUAAUUACAAUCAACAUGAAGAUCCGUGAUACGCGACCGUAUUAGCAUUUCCUUGCGCCAUUCUCCCCUUGCUCCUGCGUGAGCGUAGCUGUUCAACGCUUGGUCAAGUAAUGAUACUAUAGACAGACUAAACGCGAACUAAAUUAUCGCUUGCAAGCGACUGAACGCGGAUUCUGAUUACAGGGCGCGCUUGGGCAGCCGAGCAUUCCGAUGAGGUGCCUAGAGUCUUCACAGCGCGGAGUAGCACUUGGUAGAGGCCGUGCUGCGGCGCCCUUCCGCAGGGUCCACAGCUCUGUCCGGCUUGGGGUUGUCCGUGUCGCAACCGACGACGCGGCCCUCCCCGGCCCCCAAGGUGCCUUCGUCCCGGGCCAAGAGGCUGAGGCGCGUCAGGGCAUUUUCAACCGCAUUGCUCCCGUGUACGAUGAGCUGAACAACAAUCUGAGCUUCGGGCAGCACUGGGUGUGGAAGCAGAUGACAGUCAAGUGGAGCGGCGCCAAGCCUGGAGGCAAGGCGCUGGACGUGUGCUGCGGUUCAGGCGACAUCGCAUUUCUACUCUCAAGGGCGGUCGGCACUAAGGGCGAGGUGACGGGUCUGGACUUCGCGGCAGAGAUGCUGGAGGACGCCUCAGCGCGGCAGGACGAGCAGAGGCGCGAGGGGACGGCGCAAGGCCGCGCCAACAUCACAUGGGUUCAGGGCGACGCCAUGGACCUGCCCUUUGAGUCGGCCUCCUUCGACGCCGCCACCAUGGGCUACGGCCUGCGCAACGUGGCCAGCAUUCCCACCGCGCUCAAGGAGCUGCAUCGGGUCCUCAGGCCUGGCUGCGCGGUUGCUAUCCUGGACUUCAACAACUGCACGGACCCCAUCCCGGACGCCAUGCAGGCUUUCUUUCUGGAGCAGUUGGUGGUGCCGGCAGCACGGCGAUACGGCCUUGCGGCUGAGUAUGAGUACCUUCGGCCCUCCAUCAAGCGCUUCCCCACCGGGCCCGAGCAGGUGCGGCUAGCGCGCGAGGCAGGGUUUGCUGCGGCGCGUCAUUACCCCAUCGGGUUUGACCUGAUGGGCGUGCUGGUGGCAACCAAGGGCCGAUGAGCAGCUGUGGGCGUGUGGCAGCAGCCGGUCACCAUGAUGCUGGGCAGCCGGGAUGCCGGGGGCCACGACUGACGAAAUGGGGGACGCAGCAUUCUUGAGGAAGUGGGUUUGUGGAUACCGUAUUGGUCAUGGCGUGGUGACGCGUGUGUGAUGUUUUGCGCAGACGGCCGUCGCUAGGAGGGCGCAUGCGGGAGAGGUUCGAAGCAACGUGUUGCCGUGGCUCACUGACGGCUCAUUGGGCACCCCUAUAGCAGGGGCGUGCUUGUCCAGGCUUGUUCCCCCACUUUCCGGGAGCGAAAUUUGCACGAUGUAGAUGAUGAAUAGCGCCAUCUGUGCCUUGUGGCCAUGAUAGGCCUCAGCAGGUGCACACGCGCUGGCACGCUCGUAGGCAGGGGGGGCUCGUAGGUGGGCACUGAGAAGCUGCUCGGCUUCAGUUGCCCGCAGAGCGCGCAUGCAGUAGCUUGAAACUCUAUGCUGCACAGGGACCCAUCCAAGGCAAACGGCGUGACCGCUCUUUGAAUGCUAGCCAUAG